AUGAAAAAAACUUUUUGUUGCUAUGGUAAAACAAAGAAAUGGUUAUUUCAUUUCAUAUCAUUUAUCUUAUGUUUAACUUUACUAUUAUAUCGUACAUUUGAAUGGUUAAAAGCUUAUCAUUUAUUCAUUGAUGAUGAUCAUCAUAUGAAUGGAUUCAUUGACUAUUUACAAAAUUCCUAUUUAAAUAAACACAAUAUGAAUAAUGAAGAUCAUCAUCAUCAUCAUCGUCAUCAUGAGCAGCAGCAGCACCAGCAGCACCAGCAGCAGCAACAGCACCAACAGUAUCAGGAUGAUAUAAUAUAUAGUGAUAAUACAACAUUAAUGGAACCAAAUGUGAUGAUUAGAUUAUGCAAUAUUAAUCCAAUAAGGUAA